AGAGAGAGAGAGGGGGCACACACACACAGAACAGAACAGAAGAAAAAGAAGAAGCAGUGGGCAAACAAAGAGAAACAAAACCCAGAAUCUAGAGAGAGAAAGAGAACAAAAACUGUGUGAAUAGCAUAUACCAUACCAUAGCAACAGCAACAACACAUAGAACAGAGAAAGAGAAAGGUUUCUUUGGAUCGUAACUGGGAACUUGCUGAAUUUGGAAAAUUCCCGAGUGAUUAGGGUUUUGAUCAGAGAGUGUGAUUGAAGGGAAGACUGUGCUUGCUCCUUCUCUCCGUGGGUUUGCGUGAAAUGGGCAUGAGCUCUGAUCUUUUCAGGGGUUCAAAUAUUGGAUUUGGAACUACGGUGCUUGAGCAUUUGAACUUGGAGAUUGCUUAAGAUGGUGUUUAACAUUGCUUCUUUGAGCAUGGAAGAAGAUUGUCUAUAUUAUUAACACUGAUCAAGAUUUUGAGAACCCUCUUUGGAAACAGUACACAGGCCUUCUUGGUCUUCGUUUUUGUUGUUUCCUUUUUGGUCUUUGCUGGGGGAUGAUUUUGGUUUUGAGCCUUGACACACAGAAAAACCUGAUGAUUCUCUGUUGGCCCUCAAGUAAACAGAUAGUAUCUGAUUUCAGUGAUCCAUUUUCGUUUCUGAAGAAACCCUUUGGAUUGACAUAGUCUAAAGCUUAAUUCCGUACCAUAGUGCUCCAAAACAUAUACUGAUUGGGGUUGUGUUGCACCAUUUACCUUUUUAUUAGGACUUCAAUUAGUGAGACUGAGUGGUUGCUGUGCUGCUCAUUGAUUUUGAAUAAAAUUCCAGUACUAUUUGUUUGAGCUACUUGAGUAUUUUGGUGAAGGGAAGUAAACCUUGGUGGUUACCAUAAUUUGUGUUUGUAGUAAGAGGCUUAUGGAGGAAUAUUAAAUCUGGAAAUGAAUGCGGUGACAUGGUGCAUGGACAGGAGCAUAGUUACUGGUUCGUUCCCUUUCUGGAACAGUGCUACUGUAAACUAAUUGAAGCACUCUCAACCUUGGAAGGAUUUUAUUCUAGGCACAUUUGGAUUUUGUGCAAUGUCGCGCUGCUUUCCAUUUCCACCACCAGGAUAUGAAAAGAAGGCUAGAACAGAUGAAGUGGACUUAUUUAAAAAGGAAAAGCAGAGAGAAAAAAAACGUAAAAAAGAUAAGAGGGACAAAGAGAAGAGGGAAAGUAAGGAAAAGAGAGAGAAAGAAGGAAGGGAUGGAAAGCAUAAGGAAAAGGACAGAAAGGAAAAAAACAGAGAAAAAAAGAAAGAUAAGGGCAAGGACAAGGGCAGAGAUAGGGAUAAAAGUAAAAGCAGAACUGCAGAUGACAAAGGAUUUCCAGGACAAGGUGAGGGUCCCAAUGCAGGUAAACUUCAUCAAAAAGAAAUCAAGCAAAAUGAUAAGAAGGGUAUCUUGUUUGAGAAUAAACUUACUAAACAGUAUAAUGGUAACAAUGGGGAGAAGGCUAGAGAGAAUAAUCAUCUGGCUGAGGAGAACAAAGAUUCUAAAUUCCUCCUGGAGUUGGAGAGGAGGAUUAAGGAUGAUAACGGAGGAGCUGGCAAUCAAUUGGUUCAGAAGUUUACAAAUACAGACCAUAGAAAGGAUGAGGGGACUGUUAGGUUGGUGGCUAAGGGUAGUGGCCCCUGGCCUGAUGGCAAGGAAAAACUCAAUGAUAAGGGUCUUGAUGCUAAGAAGAUUGAUGGGAAAGGAAUCAGGGCUGAGGUCCGACCUAUUGGAAAUGCAACAGUUCAAAAUCAUGCUGGAAAUUUUCAUCCUAGAGUUGAUGGAAUGGCCAAACUUUCUGGAAAUUUUCAUCCUACAGUUGAUGGAAUGUCCAAACUUUUGGGGAAGUAUUUUGACAGGAAUUUGGAAGCCACAGUCGAAGGAAAAGGACAGGUUAAGGAAAAGAAAUAUGAUGGAGAAGAAAAGGUUGAGGAUAAGAAAGAUGGAGGAAGGGAAAAGGUUAAGGAAAAGGAAAAGAAAGAUGAUAAACUGGGAGAUAAAAGGAAAGAUAAAGAGAAGGAGAAGAAAGGGCAUGGGAAGGACAAAGACAGGGAUAAAGAGAAGAAAAAGGAGGAGAAAGCUAAGGAGCAUACUGAACUUAAAACCACAGAGCAGAAUAAAUUAAAAGAGAGCAACAAAGUUGGCCCUAUAGGUUCAAAUUCUUUCGCACGGGUUUCCAGCAACAGCGAUGAGAAUGCUGUUAGUAGAGAAAAUCUCAAGAAACGGAAGGACAUUGAGUCAAAUGGAGUUCCACGUGCCAAUGACAAUUGGCCUAGUAAGUUGGCAAGAUCGUCUUCCUCUCAUACAUUCACUGAAAAUGGAAGGAUAUUGGAACCUUGUCAAAUAUCCAUUCCAAAUGCUUCAGAUAAGCCAGGAGUAGUAGCCACCAGUGUUAAGGUAGAUAACAAGGAAUUCAAGAUAAAUGGCGUCAUUGAAGCUCGACCAUUUGCAGUUUCCUCAAACAAGACGCACCUCACUGCUACUGUGCCAGCUAAUCUGGUAACUGAAGCAUCUGCAAAACUACCCCAUCCAGAUACAAAGUAUUUAAGCCAGGUAUACUCGGUACCUAAGGUGGAAGAGUGGUCUGGUUUUGACGAUCAAGAUUGGUUGUUUGGCAAAAGUAGUAUUUUACAAGAAAGAAAACCAGUGGUGGAAUCUUCAGAGGUUGGGGAGACACUGCAGGUAUGGUCAGAAGGUCUUCACAUAGAGACAGCAGAUGUUUUUGCUCUGCCAUAUGUCAUUCCUUACUGAUUGAUUAUUUAAUUGGCACACGAUACUUCAAUUAUAUCUGCACAAGGAACCCUCCUUUGGCACCCUACGUGGGUGGAAGUGCAGCAACUGGGGGCUAGAAAUAGAUUCCAAAAUUCUUGAUGCAUUCUUUUGUUAUAUGCACUCUGGCAACAAGCAAUCAGUGACUCAUUGCCUUGAUCUUAAACUGGUUGGAUGGUGGCUUCUGUGUGACUCAUUGCAUUGAAUUUGUACUGAUUGGAAGGGUCACAACUCAAAAGGUGGUUGCAUGCUUGGUGCAUUGCUGCAGGCCAGGUUGGGGGUUGCAAUUCCUUUAAGACAGAAAGGCUUGCAGGUUGUUGAGAAGGGGAGGGAAGUGGUACAAGCUUGUGCAACUUGUUUAUUCUAUUUUUGCUGAGAGCUGAGGGGCACUUUUUCUAAUUGAGAAAACUAGAUGUGGUCUUUGCAACUCCACCACAAUUUUGAUUUGUAACAUAGAACUCUUAUUUACAAGAAUAUGUAUGAUACAAAAGGGAAAAAAGUG